AUGGCUGCCUCGAUCCUCUCCCGUGGCUCCGGCGCCGUUGAUGUGCUGUCUCCGUUUGCCCGCCCUCAGGUCAAAAUCGACCUCAACGGCCAGGUCGACAACCUCAUCAAAUCCUACACCACAGGAGACUCCAUAGAAGGCACUGUCACGGUUACCGCUUCCCAUCUCAUCAGCUUUGACGCUAUCGAAAUCCAACUAGAGGGAAACCAGACUGUUACUGUGGACCGAGGAGCAGUUCCAGGCCGUACAGGCGCAACACAAACGUUCCUGCGACUACGCCAACCCAUUGAAGAAGCUCUCUAUCCAACCCCCCGUGUCAUCGAACCCGGCCUCAGCUAUCAGUUCCCCUUCACCUUUGUCGUGCCCCAGCGUCUCUUGCCGCACGUCUGCACCCACCACAAGACAAACGCCCACAUUCAGAACUCCCACACUCUUCUGGUGCCCUCUCUGGGCGAGCCCACACUCGCCAGUGACGGCAAGUCCGUAUUGGACGAUAUGUCGCCUGACAUGGCGCGUGUCACAUACCACAUCCGCGCCGAAGUGUUACAGAAACCCGUCGUGGGCCCUACAAAGUCCCUGAGAGAAGCCAAGAAGAAGAUUCGCGUCAUCCCAGCUGUCGAGGAGGAGCCACCCUUGACUGUUCUCGAUGACCAUCCUGUUUACCGCUUACGGAGGGAGAAAGAUGUCAGGCGCGGUACAAUGCGUCCGAAGCAGGGCCGGCUCGUUGUGGCUGCAGCACAACCCAGGCCAUUACAGAUCAGUCCUCCAGAGAAAAGCGCCGAGUCGGUGAGUACAGCUGCGACGGUCCAUCUGCGCUUCGACCCUGUCGGCAAUGAGGAGCCGCCCAGCAUGGGCACCGUCUGGAGCAAGCUUCGUGUUUCGACUUACUACUCUGUAAACCCUUGGGAAGACUAUCCGACUUCGAGUGUUGUUAAUACGGCUGACAUGUCGGGGAGGGGCCUGUACCAGGACUCAGUGCCCUUGUCGAAUAUGUGUGUCGCCUCUGCCCAAUGGACCAAACAUUCCUCAAAUACUGCUCGCCGCGAUUCACUCCAGUCAACUUCUUCUUCAGAGUCGAUCACUGGGCCGUCAGCAUCCUUCUCAGGAGAGACAUACUAUACAGCUUCACUUGUCAUCCCUGUGUCUCUUCCAACGAGCAAAGCUUUCCUUCCAACCUUUAACUCGUGCUUGCUCUCCCGCGCAUAUGUUCUAGAACUAUGCAUGUCAUACCAUACCCCAAACAUGAACAUCCUCACGCCGACGGUAUCAUUGAGACUUCCCAUUCAGUUGAUAUCUGGUCAGUCAUUGUCUCUUUCGAGGCGGGAAUCAGCAGAAAUCACACAAGAGGAGGUCGAUGCCGAGUUUUUCAGCCCGCGUGGUGUCGCUCCUCCUCCAAUGGACACUGCAAUUGCUCCACCAAGCUAUUCGGACCUGGCGUCGCCGCUACCUAGCACGCGGCCUCAGGAGGUCCGAUGUUCAUGA